AUGGCUCUGGGUAUGACUGCAGUAAAUUUGUUUGCUUACGUUCGCUGUCGCGUCAGUGGAACUUUCGGUGGGGGUGCCACUCCUUCCAAUAUCCUUGCCGGGUUUCAAGCCAAAAUGGCUCGACAAAUGGUCUCCGACUGGAUCUCGUCUGUGACGCAGAGUGUUUCUUCUAAACCGGCCGGUAGUCUGUCUUCCGGACCGGCCACCAUUGAGGCCUAA